AUGCCUCGCAGACCUCAGACAACUGGCUGCCAAAUGACGGCGGCGCAGCCAAAGACAAGGCGCGCCGGCAACGCCGUCGUCACGCCCAUCGCGAAGACGACGCCCGCUGCCAAGAGUGUUUCGACCUCGAGGAGUUCGGCCAGAAGCGCCCCGGCGUCUCGGUCCAGCUCAGCACGCAAGACGAGCGCGGGCUACAAGGAGCCCGCCAUCCUGGAGGACUCCGGUUACUCCGACUCCGGGGAAUCCAACGCCCACAACGACAGCGAUGGGUCUCCAGCGACGCCCCCGAACGUGAAGCAUAUCACCCGCGUCUACUUCGGGGACAGCCAUGACCCGGCGCGCCUCUACAACGACAAGAUCGUCUGUUCUCCCGAGCUCAAGGCAGGCAAGGUGAGCUCCCCCAGUGGCAGCCCCGCCAGCCUGGCCUCAGAGGCGUCCUCCGGAAGCAGCGGUAGCAGCCCCGGCGAGCGCCGUGCGGCCCCCCUCGAGGAGCUCGCGGAGGAGCUUGAACACAAAAGCCUACUGGAAGCCUCGGCGGCUGCGGCGGCCAGACGCACCGGCGCCGUCAGAAAGAGAAGCACGAACGCAGGUUCCUCUUCGUCCUCGGACGCCGCGGCCAACAAGCGGCAUUCGCGUAGAAGCAGCAGCUCUACUGUACUCUCGGAACCUCGGCCAGACGCAGCUCGCCGCCCCGCUCCUCUGAGGGCCAGGAGGCGCUGGUCUGCGGCAGAUCUGCAGCAGCAACAGCCACACCAACUGCAGGAGGAUCAGAGGCCGCGCAGGCAGCAGCCGUCGCCUGCAGCGCCUCCCACACACGCCUCGAGAAGCACCAGCACCAACGACCUGCCGUCGAGCGCUCGCGCGGGCGUGACCUGCUCGCUCGACGCCCUCGACGACCCCGUGCCGGCGUCGCGGGUGGCGGGCGAUUGCGACACACACCCCGAGGCCCUUCCACGCCUCUACGACGCCCUCCCACGCCCGCGAGACACACACGCCACCGCACCACGCCCGCAUCACGCCCGACGCCUCAAAAUACAUCCGGCUGCCAUCGCUAAGGAGAUGAGGUAA